GAGCCACUUCCGGCAUCAUAGGGCGGCCAUCUUGCCACAGGGAAGCUUUCUGGCAAGUUCUGGGGUAUCUGAGGAUUAUUAGAGAAGAUGCCAGACUUUUGUGCAGCCUACGGAUGCUCCAAUGAACGCGGUAUCGAAACGAGAGCCCGUGGGAUCACCUUUCACCUGUUUCCCAAAACUGGACAGAUAAGGAGGCAAUGGGAACUUGCCCUGAGAAGGGACGGAUUUGUUGCCUCUAAGAGGACACUGCUCUGCAAUGAACACUUCAGGAGCGAGGACUUUGACAGGACGGGGCAGACUAUCCGGCUUAAAGGUGGUGUUGUGCCAAGUAUUUUUGAUUUUCCAGCUCAUCUUCAAAGGCUGGUGGCAACAAGAAGCACAACCACCUCUAGAAGAGCGGAAGACAACCUGCCAAUGGACUUGUCUCAGGAUGUACCUCAACCUGAUGUUGGAGAGAGGAGUUUGAACCGCAAGCGGCAGGCCACUGACCACUUGUAUUCAUUGCCUGCUUGCCCUAAGGCUAUAAAGGCCAAACUAGAAAUGUCCUCUGCAGCAGGAGAAGAAGAUCUUCCGUCCCCGUUUGCAGACAUUCCUGCCCUUGUACAUGACCACAGCUACCUUCCUGUCCACUUCGAUGGUCUUGUGGACAACGCUCUAGUGUACAUUUCAGGAUUUGUUGUGCGACGGGCUCUGAAGAAGCUGUCCUGCGAUGUCUGCCGUGCCAGCCUGGUGACACAUGCUUCAUCUGCCAUCAAGGACCAGAGCUACCACCUGCUUGCUUUAAAAAACAAUGGAGGUCUGGUGAUUCCUUCAGAGGAACCGUGAAGGUUGUCAGGGCAGCAGAGUGGGUCAUUCGGCAGGCAUCAGGCAGUACCAAACGAUCACAGCCCAUCAAACUGCUUGAGGUCGUUUACAUUGUCCGAAAAAGGAUCGGUCUAGAGGAUGUGUUUGUGCUAGGGGAGCACAUUGGCGAGACACAGUAUGGGAUAGACAGCCACCACCAUAUGCUUUUAAAAUUAAUUGUGUCCCUGUUUUUGAAGCUAAGGCUGCACCAUAUCACCAAAGUUACAAACCUCAGAUUGCAGAGCAACAACAUGCGACAGAAACAUAAUAAAACUGUCCUUUUUAAAGGGCAUUAGCCAGUGUGUUUUUAAAGUUACUGUCCACUUUAACAGUAGUGUAGUUCUCUCUACAGUAUUUUUUUUUUGUAUAUUUGUAAAUAUUUUGCAACUAAAUUACACUUUUUAUAAUGGUUUACAAAUAGAGACUUUUGUGCAAUUAUUCCAUAUAUAUCAGAACCCCUUAGAUACAAUCCAAAUAGUGUACAAGUAACAUCAGAGUGUUACCUUUGAUUUAAUUUCAUUAUGAUUCUACACGAAGACGUUGCCAAACAGUAAGCCUUUUAUUGUCAGUAUGCAUUUUGGGUAACCAAAAGUCCUAUAUGGGGAGUUUCCAUUGGGCAUUUUACAAUACGCAUGACCAUUCCUUGGCAAAUAAUGGUCUAAAGUACUCAUUUUCAUUCUGUAUUGAUCUGCUUUUGCACACAGCUUUACAAGACCUGGUACUAGGGCUCAGUUGUGUUUCUAAAGUCAUAUCAAGUAACUUAGAGGGCUGAAAUGUGGUCAGUUCAGAGAUGCUUGUUAUCCGGCAGAAAGAGAAAACGUAAUAAUUUAAUUAUAAUAGUUAUAAUAGUUUUAUUAUAAUAGUAAUAUUCAUGUUACAAAAGUGUGUGUGUGUGUGUGUAUAAGUCAUGUCGCCAUUCUGUACACUUAGUUUUAUUAGCCUAUAUAUUUAUUUAACUUAUACUUUAUGUGUGUAAUAUUCAUUGCACCUAACUGGUUCGGUGCAAGGAUAUUUUCAUAUGGAAGUCUAUUGUUAUAAUUAUUCAUAUGUAUGCAGUGUCAUAACUACAUCUCUGACGUUGAUAACAAAUCAAACCGUUUGAAAAUCGGUAGAUAAUUGAGCAAGUUAUGGUUAUUUAAAAAGUACAUGCUUCAUACAACACAAUGUUACGAGUGAGCGAGCACCCUGUGGCAAGAUGGCCGCCGUGUGCGGACGUCGACCUCCAUUGGCCAACAGCGCGU